AUGACAAGAGCCCCUUCCGCAAUAGAGCCAAGUUCGGACAACUCUGGCUCUCUUCAUAGUCAUACGUCUCAGAACAAGGUAGUGCAACGGUUUUCAUCGACCAGUAAAUUCCUAAAUACCAUUUUCCACCGCCUCAAAUCACCCUUUUCACCCAAUUCAAGACCAACUCCAUCAACAUUGUCAACGCCAUCGCCCUCUCCUCGAACACAAAGAUCAGCCCCACGAGAGGCAUACCAUAGCGAAUCAAACAUGGCUUUUACAACAGAUGGGCUGAGUAAUUCCCGGACUCGCGAUGCCAAUGAGUGCUUGGACUCUCUUGAUGCUGCCGACACCGCCAUGACAGGCUGCACCAAGGAAAACCAAGCUUCCUCCACCGCAACUGUUAACCGACCUGCUCUCCAGGCCCAGCCCGCAGAUGAUGAUGCAGCUAUUGGAGCUCGAUCCUCAGCGUUCCACAACCAUGACGCUUCUGCCUUUGCUGGGGAGAAAGAAAUCCACCAGGCCUUUAUGGACCAGGCUCUGGACAUGGCCCGUCUAGCUCUGAGGACCAACGAGACGCCCGUUGGUUGUGUCCUUGUCCACGAGGGGACCGUCGUCGCGAGGGGCAUGAAUGCCACCAACGUGACUCGAAAUGGCACCAGACACGCCGAGUUUAUGGCUUUGUCUGCCCUCCUGUCACACAGGCCUGACAAAAACGAAAAUGAGGCGGCUGUUCAACUUCAGGCGCAGGUUGAUGAACGUAUCAAAACUGAUGUUCAGGAUGAUGAGUCGGAGCUAUUCCCCAUGGACGGCAAUUAUGUCAAAAGUGGUCACCUUUACCCCUACGGCCAAAAACUUCAUCACGCACCGCGAGUCGAUCGUUCCAUCGUCCGAGAUUGCAUCUUGUAUGUCACCGUUGAACCUUGUGUCAUGUGUGCUGGUCUACUGCGGCAGCUUGGUAUCAAAAAGGUCUAUUUUGGCGCCGUCAAUGACAAGUUUGGUGGCACCGGCGGCGUCUUUAGUAUCCACAAGAAUUCGACGGACUUUGAUCACCUCAAUUCUGGCGCUGUCCACAGCUCCGUCGAGACUUCCAACCAUCCCGACAUCCUGCCGAAGUCGGUUGAAUGUUCGUCGAACAACAACCAUUUAACCGGGAACUGCCAGCUUUUAUCAGGUUUGGGUGGUGAUGGUGGUAACGUAGAGCCUGGCUUUGAAGCAGAGGGUGGAUGGGGUCGAGACGAAGCCGUCGGUUUGCUUCGACGUUUCUAUGUUCAGGAAAAUGGUCGCGCUCCUGUGCCACGCAAGAAGGAGGGGCGAGCUGCACGACUGGCAGCCAUCGAGCAAGCUGGAAUCGAAACCGCCACGUCUGUGGUUCACUCGUGUUCGGAGGCUGUCGCCAGCCACGAAGCUGGCAUCGUUUCUACAAGCAACAACCUCGCAAGGCAUGAAUGA